GAUGCCUCAUAGCUCUGUAUUUGGCAGACUCCAAAUGGGUGUUUCAGUUGCUUGCUUGAGGUUAUUAAAGAUACUAUGAAGUACAGUUUACUCUGAUAAUGACAGAACCUUGGUUGCAUUUAACAUUAGUGCUUCUUGACAACGCUUUUAAUACCCAUAUCAAGUUAGAAUUUAAAAAAGAAAACAUAGUCUAAUUUUGAUUAAAAGUUCAGUGGCAGUCAUUCCUCAUUUAGUGUCUGCCUAUGUCAAUUCGUUCCUGAGAUGGUCUAUGUUUGAACUUCUUGGCAACAUCUGAUAUAAAAUAGGGACAGUCACUGACCCAUUUGAGGACGAAACUUGGAAACUUCAGGCAACAGCAUCACCCACUGACUACAGUACAAUAGAACGAAAGCUCUGUAAGCACCUUUUAACUCUUUUGUCCUCACUUCAAAACCUUGUUCAUUCUCUUGUUAGCAUGGAGUAUGACUGGGACUGGGAAGAAAAAGAAGCGUGUUGUCACUUGAGUAAAACUGCCUGAGAAAUGUUACCCAGUAGGGUUGGGUGUUUCCUUUGGGAGAGAACAGGCCUAAACAGUGCCUUUCACAUCCUGUAGCUACUAGGAAGGCUCCAUGAUUGAGAUUAGAGAUGCUCCUUUAGCUAAUUAUAAACAAGUUUAACCUUAUAAGGGAUAGGAAUGGAAAGAUGCUACAAAAGACCUGCAUCACAUAGUCUUUGUCUCUUGCACAAAAUAGAAGCUGUACAAAGAAGUCAUAAAGUUGGGAAGGGGGAGAAUAAACCCAAAGACCAGUGUAGGAACACAAGUCUAGUUUAUUGGAUUAACUUCUUUGAGGAAAGUUUUUUUUAUAUCAAAUGAGAACACUUUUCUUUUACCUCCAAAAAAUACUAAUAUUUAGCCCAGAAUUAAUAUAAGAAUCAUGAAGUUUAAAUAUUGGAGCGUAUUAUCUGACCCAUUUGAUAAAUGGCACUUAAUAAUCUACUUUGCCAUGCUAAAGAAAAAUUUAGGCUGUAGAAAGCAGAAUAAAAUCAACAGAUUAUAUGUGUAAAUAACAGACUAUUAGGCAGGGGUGGGUGUCAUGAGGAUUAGUGUGAUAGUGACCUUGUUGCUAAGUACAAAAGCAAAACAAUGACAUAAAAACAAGUGCUGAAUACUGAGUGGAGGAGAGAGAUGGAGGCAGACACUGUGGGGGGAAAAAGACUGAUUAAAAGGGCUCUUUGAUUCCACAGGCACAAAAAUCCACAGCCAGGAAUUUGCUGCCACCUCUGAGUCAGGCAGGGGGUGGGGAUGGGGGUGCACAAUCCCAUUAGAGAAUGCCCAGUGGAGUUAGUCUGUGGGAGUUACAUUUCUUAUUUGGCCCUGUGAAGACAGAAGCAAACCAGCUCACUUGUUUCCUGGGACAGUUGAUUUAGGGGAUGGCUUUUGCAGAGAAUUCACCUCUGACCCUGCACCGCCGGGACCUUUGUAGCCGUUCUAUCUGGCUAGCAAGGAAGAUUCGCUCAGACCUGACUGCUCUUAUGGAAUCUUACGUGAAGCAUCAGGGCCUGAAUAAAAACAUCAACCUGGAUUCUGUGGAUGGCGUGCCAGUGGCAAGCACUGAUCGCUGGAGUGAGAUGACUGAGGGAGAGCGACUCCAAGAGAACCUCCAGGCUUACCGUACCUUCCACGGGAUGUUGGCCAAGCUUUUAGAAGACCAGAGGGUGCAUUUCACCCCAGCUGCAGGUGACUUCCAUCAGGCAAUACAUACUCUUCUGCUCCAGGUUUCUGCCUUUGCCUACCAGCUAGAGGAGUUAAUGGUGCUGCUGGAGCAGAAGAUCCCUGAAAAUGAGGUUGAUGGGACGUCUGUUGCUGUUGGAGAUGGUGGCCUCUUUGAGAAGAAGCUCUGGGGCCUGAAGGUCCUUCAAGAGCUUUCACAGUGGACCGUGAGGUCUAUCCAUGACCUCCGUGUCAUUUCUUCUCAUCAGAUGGGAAUCCCAGCACAUGAGAGCCAUUAUGGGGCCAAGGGCAAACAAAUGUAGCAGUUAGCCCUUCCCUCUCAUUUUUUGUUCUGCGGAGAUAUAGGUAGUUCCCUGAGGCCUUGUUUUCCCAGAACCAAUUUUUGAAAACCUUAAACCACAAGCAGUUUCAUGAAGUAGGCUUGACCAUAUUUGAACGGAUGUACAUGGUUGUUCUGGGUGUAUGCAUGUGUAGGAACAUUUUUGUUUGUACUGGUGGUAUAAUAGAGUAGAAACAAGGGAAAUAUCCUCCCACCUUAGAGUUUUAGUGUCCCUGAUACUGAUACUAAGUGACCUUUCUAGGCAUUUAACAGCUUUUCAAGCAGAAGAGAAAUUGUAACUAGUUGUGAUUGACUUCUGAAAAGACUGAAUAAACAAAUUAGAAGUCCUAGCCUAUCACCAUUCAAACUACCAUAGUAAUAUUGGUGUGCUGAGGCAAUGAGUGCCAUAGCUUUAUGUAUAUUCUAUAUAACUUUACAUCUUUGUCUCAGAAUGUUAGAUGUGUCUUGUGAUCUAUCCCUAGCACUGAAAAGCAAGCAGCCUUUUGUUAAAUAUCCUCAGAAGUCAGCAGCAGAUGUCCAAGUGUUUGUAGCCCAUACCUGACAAAGAACAGCAACUACAAAUCUUAAGAUUUCAUUUGGGUGAAAAAUGGGGCCCAGUGUACUUCCAUACUUGGAAACAGAGGAUAUGCAAUAACAGAGUGGUUAGGGUUGACUGUGUACUUGAGUAUUGGGCUAAUCAUUGUUUAUAGGAAAUUAACAGAUCAGUAAUACAGGUACGAUAUAUAGAUACUCGAUAGUGAGUGGAAUGCUGAGGUUAAAGAUCACAGAGCUCCAUCACCUUACAUUCUCUGGGCUUACUCAUGAGGGGAGGAUGAAGUCUAGUUGGUCCCCACUGAGAAUGCCAAGGAUUCUUAAACAACACAGUACCGCUCUGCUUUUAAUGUUCUUGUGAGAGCCACACAGCGUGGAAGACUAGGAAACAGAAGUCCCUGGAAAAGAUCUGCGCAUUAGUGGUGUACUGUGAUUCCAACAAUUUGUAGCAUUUGUUUUUUACUUAUUUUUAGAUAAACCUGAGAGAUCUUGAGUUGAGGGCCCAAGUCUAAUCAUGACAUCUUGCUUCAUAAAUGAGUGAACUAUGCAUGAGUCAGAGAGGGCUAACUUCCAUAAGUUGCAUGAGGUGGGGAUAUGUGACUCAUCUUGUGUGCUCUCCUAUAAUGGGUUCCAUAAAGGCUAAAACUGAUUUAAGUACAUGACCAUACUCGGUUAAGCAUUGUAGUAGCUCAGGGGAAGUGAGACUAUGUUUUCUACUAUGCAUUUUUGAAAAUACAGUUGUAUAUGUAUAAAAUAAAAAGAUCAAAACUAGAAUGGGAUUAUAAAGAACUAAAAGAGAUCAUUUAAAGCCACAACUAAAUGUGCUUCCUGGGUUGGUGGAGUAUAAUACAGAAUAAACUCCAACAGAGGGGAUAAAGAGAGAGAGAGAGAGAGA